GUUCUGCUUUUCCUGUACAGGGAAUAUUUGGGAAAUUUCCCAUGUGGGAAAUAUGGUUCCACUGAAGGAAUCCCCGUUCGGUCUAUGUACCUGUUUGAACUUCUGUCUGCUUUGCCUUGGGUAUUUCAGAAGUUUUCCUUGACUCUCUUCCACCUGGUUCGAGUGCAUCAGCAUGAUGGUGAUUUUGCUAAACUGUGUUACCCUGGGAAUGUACCAGCCAUGUGAGGAUAUGGACUGCCUCUCUGACAGGUGUAAGAUCUUGCAGGUGUUUGAUGAUUUCAUCUUCAUCUUCUUUGCCAUGGAAAUGGUCUUGAAGAUGGUGGCCCUGGGGAUCUUUGGCAAGAAGUGUUACCUUGGAGACACCUGGAACCGCCUGGAUUUCUUCAUUGUCAUGGCUGGGAUGGUGGAGUACUCCCUGGAUCUCCAGAACAUUAACCUGUCUGCAAUCCGUACUGUCCGUGUCCUGAGGCCCCUGAAGGCGAUCAACCGCGUGCCCAGCAUGCGCAUCCUUGUGAACCUGCUGCUGGACACCUUGCCCAUGCUGGGAAACGUCCUUCUUCUCUGCUUCUUUGUCUUCUUCAUCUUCGGCAUCAUCGGCGUGCAGCUGUGGGCUGGGCUGCUCCGCAACCGCUGCUUCAUGGAGGAGAACUUCACAGUACAAGGUGACAUUGUCCUGCCCCCUUAUUACCAACCAGAGGAAGAUGAUGAGAUGCCCUUUAUCUGCUCGCUGUCAGGAGAUAAUGGAAUUAUGGGCUGUCACGAAAUACCCCCGCUGAAGGAGCGAGGCCACGAGUGUUGUUUGGACAAGGAUGAUUAUUAUUAUUACAAUUCAGUCCGGCAAGAGUUCAAUGUCAGUGGCAUGUGUGUGAACUGGAACCAGUACUACAACGUGUGCCGCACAGGCAACGCCAACCCGCACAAGGGUGCCAUCAACUUUGACAACAUCGGCUAUGCCUGGAUUGUGAUAUUUCAGGUGAUCACACUGGAAGGGUGGGUGGAGAUCAUGUACUAUGUGAUGGAUGCCCAUUCCUUCUACAAUUUUAUCUACUUUAUCUUGUUGAUAAUCGUGGGCUCCUUCUUCAUGAUCAACCUGUGCCUGGUGGUCAUCGCCACGCAGUUCUCGGAGACCAAGCAGCGGGAGCACCAGCUGAUGCAGGAGCAGAGGGCCCGCUACCUGUCCUCCAGCACCGUCGCCAGCUACAUGGAGCCGGGCGACUGCUACGAGGAGAUCUUCCAGUACGUCUGCCACAUCCUGCGCAAGGCCAAGCGCCGCACCCUGGGGCUCUACAACAGCGUGCAGAGCUGGCGCCACGGCCACGAGCCCGGCCGCGCCAACCCCGGCGGCAACAGGAAAAGCCAGAGGCACCACAGGCUUUGCCAGCAGCACAACUCUCUUGGCUGCCCUCCUCAGGGCUUGGUCCAGCCCAUCGCUGUGACAGCAACCUCUGAUCCCACCAACUGCCCCCGAUGCCAUAGGGCCGAGCACGAAGCAUCCAGAAGGCUCUCAGUGCUGGAUAGUGCUGGCUCAGACCAGGAGGAUGGAGGGGCCAGUGACGGGGAGGGGGAGGGCAGCCAGGAGGACCAGGGUGCCUCAGCGCUGGAGAAGGAGGAGGAGCUGGAGGAAGGAGGACGGCUGAAGAUCUGCAGUGACAUGUGGCGAGAAGUGAGGGUCAAGCUUCGAGUGAUUGUGGACAGCAAGUAUUUCAACCGUGGGAUCAUGAUUGCAAUCCUGGUGAACACCAUCAGCAUGGGCAUUGAGCACCACGAACAGCCAGAGGAAUUGACCAACAUCUUGGAAAUCAGCAAUGUUGUCUUCACAAGCAUGUUUGCCCUGGAGAUGAUCCUGAAACUUGCUGCUUUUGGUCUCUUUGAUUACCUUCGCAACCCCUACAACAUCUUUGACAGUAUCAUCGUCAUCAUCAGCAUCUGGGAGAUCAUUGGCCAGGCAGACGGGGGCUUGUCUGUGCUGAGGACAUUCCGCCUGCUCCGCGUGCUGAAGCUGGUGCGCUUCAUGCCGGCGCUGCGCCGACAGCUGGUGGUGCUGAUGAAGACUAUGGACAACGUAGCCACCUUCUGCAUGCUCCUCAUGCUCUUCAUCUUCAUAUUCAGCAUCCUGGGAAUGCACAUCUUUGGUUGCAAGUUCAGCCUCAGGACAGACACAGGAGAUACAGUUCCCGACCGGAAGAAUUUUGAUUCCCUGCUGUGGGCCAUCGUCACCGUCUUCCAGAUCCUAACCCAGGAGGACUGGAAUGUUGUACUCUAUAAUGGCAUGGCCUCCACCUCACCUUGGGCUUCCCUCUACUUUGUGGCUCUCAUGACAUUUGGGAAUUAUGUACUCUUCAAUCUUCUGGUGGCCAUUCUUGUGGAGGGAUUCCAGGCUGAGGGUGAUGCCAACCGGUCAUACUCAGAUGAAGAUCAGAGUUCUUCAAACAUGGAGGAGUUUGAUCAAUUCCAAGAGGUCCAGGAAGGCUCAGAUCCCAAGCUCUGUGCAAUUCCUGUGACACCUAAUGGGCACCUGGACCCAUCCUUGCCCUCUUCCAACCCACCAGUGGCUUCUGGGGGGGUGACCAACUCUUCACGCAACUCACUGCAGCUUGACCAGAUCCGAGUUGCCGUUGGCUCCCGGAAGAGCAGUGUGAUGUCCCUGGGGAGAAUGACUUAUGACCAGCGGUCCUUGUCCAGCUCCCGCAGCUCCCACUAUGGCGCCUGGAGCCGCAGUGGAGCCUGGGGAAGCCGUCGCUCCAGCUGGAACAGCCUGGCCCGGGGACACAGCCUGAAACACAAACCUCCCUCCGCUGAGCACGAGUCCCUCCUGUCUGGGGAAGCGCACAAGGCGGCAGAUGGGGAGCCGGAUGGGACAGGAAGGGUGCUUCAUCACCGCCGGACACUCUCUCUGGAUAACAAAGGCUCCUGUGACCUGCUGGAGUUGGCCUCGGUCCCUUCUGGCCACAGAGUGACCCACAGGCUGGGAGCACCGCCUGGGGCCAGUGAGCAUCAGGACUGCAAUGGCAAAAUGCCCAGUAUUGUCAAGGAGAUCUUCCCAAAGAUGAACAACCACAAAGAACGGGGAGAGGAUGAUGAAGAAAUAGAUUAUAGCCUGUGCUUUCGCAUCCGGAAGAUGAUGGAAGUCUAUAAGCCAGACUGGUGUGAGUUACGGGAAGACUGGUCCAUAUAUCUCUUCUCUCCACAGAACAGGUUUCGCCUCCUCUGCCAAACUAUUAUUGCUCACAAGCUCUUUGACCACGUAGUGCUGGCCUUCAUCUUCCUGAACUGCAUCACCAUUGCCCUGGAAAGACCCCAGAUUGAGCACAGAAGCACGGAAAGAAUCUUUCUCACUGUGUCCAACUACAUUUUCACAGCAAUAUUUGUAGCUGAGAUGACACUGAAGGUGGUCUCUCUAGGCUUGUAUUUUGGGGACCAGGCAUAUCUCCGCAGCAGUUGGAACAUCUUGGAUGGCUUCUUGGUUUUCGUGUCUCUCAUUGACAUUGUGGUCUCAGUGGCCUCUGCUGGUGGUGCCAAAAUCCUGGGCGUGCUGCGAGUGCUCCGGCUGCUGCGCACCCUCCGUCCCCUCCGAGUCAUCAGCCGAGCCCCUGGUCUGAAGCUGGUGGUGGAGACCCUCAUUUCUUCCCUGAAGCCCAUAGGAAACAUUGUCCUCAUCUGCUGUGCUUUCUUCAUUAUCUUUGGCAUCUUGGGUGUGCAGCUUUUCAAGGGCAAGUUCUACCACUGCCUGGGAGUCGACAUCAGGAACAUCACCAACCGGUCUGACUGCGUGGCAGCCAACUACAAGUGGGUGCACCACAAGUACAACUUCGACAACCUGGGACAGGCUCUGAUGUCCCUCUUUGUUCUGGCUUCCAAGGACGGUUGGGUCAAUAUUAUGUAUAAUGGACUCGAUGCUGUGGCUGUUGACCAGCAGCCAGUGAUCAACAACAACCCCUGGAUGCUACUCUACUUCAUCUCCUUUCUCCUCAUCGUCAGCUUCUUUGUGCUCAACAUGUUCGUGGGGGUGGUGGUGGAGAAUUUCCACAAGUGCCGGCAGCACCAGGAGGCUGAGGAGGCGCGCCGGCGGGAGGAGAAGCGCCUGCGACGCUUGGAGAAGAAGCGAAGGAAGGCGCAGCGUUUGCCGUACUAUGCUACCUACUGCCACAUACGCCUCCUUAUCCAUUCGGUCUGCACCAGCCACUACCUGGACAUCUUCAUCACUUUCAUCAUCUGCCUCAACGUGGUCACUAUGUCCUUGGAGCACUACAACCAACCUGUGUCCCUGGAGACCGCCCUCAAAUACUGCAACUACCUGUUCACCACUGUGUUCGUGUUUGAGGCAGUCCUCAAGCUGGUGGCAUUUGGUCUGCGACGAUUCUUCAAAGACAGGUGGAACCAGCUCGAUCUGGCCAUUGUGCUGCUGUCUGUCAUGGGCAUCACAUUGGAAGAGAUUGAAAUCAACGCUGCUCUCCCAAUUAACCCCACUAUCAUCCGGAUCAUGAGGGUGCUGCGAAUCGCCCGGGUCCUGAAGCUACUGAAGAUGGCCACAGGAAUGCGAGCGCUGCUGGAUACAGUUGUUCAGGCCCUGCCACAGGUGGGAAACCUUGGACUCCUUUUCAUGCUCCUCUUUUUCAUCUACGCUGCUCUAGGAGUGGAGCUCUUUGGAAAAUUGGUGUGCAACGAUGAGAACCCCUGUGAGGGCAUGAGCCGCCAUGCCACCUUCGAGAACUUUGGGAUGGCCUUCCUCACACUUUUCCAGGUGUCCACGGGUGACAAUUGGAAUGGGAUCAUGAAGGAUACCUUGCGUGACUGCAGCCACGAUGACCGGAGCUGUCUCAGCAACCUGCAGUUCAUCUCCCCACUGUACUUUGUCAGCUUUGUGCUCACAGCCCAGUUUGUUCUCAUCAACGUGGUGGUAGCUGUGCUCAUGAAACAUCUCGACGACAGCAACAAGGAGGCCCAGGAGGAUGCAGAGAUGGAUGCUGAGCUUGAGAUGGAAAUUACUCACGGGCUGUGCUCCCACAAGUCAGGCUCUCCAAAUUCAGGACAGGGAAAAGGAGCAGGAACAGGAGGAGGAGGUGGUAGAACAGAACCCGAAGGACAUCUGUGCAUGAGAUGUUACUCUCCAGCCCAGGAGAACUUAUGGCUGGACAGUGUCUCUUUAAUUAUUAAGGACUCCUUCGACGGGGAGUUAAUGAUCAUCGAUAACCUAUCGGGCUCCGUCUUCCAUCAUUACUCCUCGCCGGCCAUGUGCGAGAAGUGUAACCAUGACAAGCAAGAGGUCCAGCUGGCUGAAAUGGAAGCAUUAUCCCUCAACUCAGACAAGUCCUCUUCCAUCCUUCUAGGAGAUGAGUCAGACAAUCAAAACACUGCUCAGCUGAAUCCUAAGGAGAUCAAGCAGGAUGGCCAGGACAACCCUGACUCCACUGGGGCAGACAAUCUGGGGGAAUGCCUGCUUCCAGCAUCCAGUGAGGAUGGCUCUACAAACCCAGAGAGUUACCUGUGUGAAAUGGAGAAUACACCUUUCGACUCAGUUCAGUCUUGGCUAAAGCAUGAAAUUAGCAAAGGGCCUGAGGAAGUCUCAUGUCCACACAACCUUCCUAAGAUCUCUCUGCAAGGCUCGUGGGCAUCACUGAGAUCUCCAGGUGUGAACUGCUCACUUCUCCAUCAGCCUCCCGAGAGCGACACGUCGCUGGACAGCCGGAGCAGCAGCUCGGCCGGCAGCCUGCAGACCACGCUGGAGGACACCAGCCUCAACCUCAGCGACUCUCCGCACUGCGCGCUGGCCCUGCCGGUGGCCCUGUGCCCCGUGCCGGCGCCGGGCACCCAAAGACCCCUGGCAGCGGCCCUGUCCCCCGCCUCCCGCCGCCGGAGCCUGCGGGGCCGCGGGCUCUUCAACCUGCGGAGCCUGUGCCGCCACCAGCGCAGCCACAGCAGCGGCGGCAGCACCAGCCCCGGCUGCACCCACCACGACUCCAUGGACCCUUCGGACGAGGAGGGGGCGGGCAGCAGCCUGCGCGGCGGGGGCAACAACAGCGAGCCCUCGGAGACGCUCAGCAGCCUCUCGCUGACCUCGCUCUUCUCGCCGCCGCCGCCGGCGCUGAGGCUGGUGAAGAAGUGCAGCAGCACCAGCAGCCUGCAGGCCAGCCCCUCGCCCCGCCGCCCCGCCGCCCACCACGCCAAGCCCUUCUACACCGUCGACCCUCGGGGCUUCCUCUCGAUGCCCUCCUGGGUGACGGACUUCUGCAAGGACACCCCCUCGGCCAGGGAAGGAACGGAGCCGGGUGGCCCCGGCAGACUGGGGACAGGGGGCCGCAGCUCCCCGCUCCCUUCCGAGCUGGAGCUGGGGGACGGAGUCAGCAAGAGGAACAGAUGAGGGUCCCUGAGGUGCAGGGAGGGAGCAUUCGGCCGCUGGCACGGGGAGCAUGUUUCACUAGCUUCUCCUUGGCAGCAAUUCCAAAGGAUUUGCAAGAAAAAGAAAACAGUCAAACAAAAAAUUAUAAAUAUAUAUAUAUAUACGUAAAUAUAUAUAUAUAUAUAGAGAGAGAGAUAUAUAUAUAUAAAAUAAAUAUUCUGGUACCGUACCUCAGAGGUGUGGGAGAGUGCAAGCAAUACGGGAACAGUCCUGCCUGAGGGCAAGACCUGGGCCAUGACCCCAGAGACUAUAGUGACAAGAAAAGGCCAUGGGGCUGGCAGGGACAGGGCCCUCCAGCCAGGUGACUGCUAUGUGGCAGUUGUUCAGUUAUAUACAUAUACAUAUAUAGAGAGAUCGAUUUAUUUAUUUUUUUUACUGAGAGAUUAUGAUUUUCAGAAAGUGCUAAGAAGGAACAAGAGAAUGGGGGGCCUGAGGGAGCUGCUACACCAAACCGUGAGGGUGGGGUGAAGGGAAGCAGGGUAAGCGCCAAGAGAAGAGCAUCUGGGGCUUCCUGGUGUGUUUCUGGGAACUUCUUUAUUGUCCAUGCUUCCAUUUCCAAGGUUAAAAAUUGUGGGCCAGAUCUUCAGGAUGAGCGUAAAUUGGCAAAACAUGCUGUUGGUGUAAAGCAGCAGAGUUCUGGCUUGAGGUGAAUUCAUGCUGAUUUACAGCAGGUGAAAAUCUGGCCCCAGCAACAGAGAAAAGCAAAUAGCCAUGGACCACAGGGAAACGUUUUGAGGUGAAAAGCCUUGCUUUGAAGGGAAUGUGUGAACACAGCGGGCAUGCUCAUAGAAGGAGGGAUGGAGGCUACAUGGCUUAUUUUUGUUGUUGUUUUGUGGAUUUGGUUUUUUCAUUUUCCAAAGAAGGAAAAUUACAAGGGGAAAAAAAUUACAAGGCUCAUGGGGAUAUUUGGAGUGGGAGAAGUAGGCUGGAAGGGAAGGGGGACGUAAAAAGGGGAGAGGAAAUUGAACUUUUCCCCCUUUUAUUUGCAGUAAUUGUGAUAUUUUAUUUUAGAAGCCCAAAGGUGCAAAAAUUAUCCCUAGAGAAACCUAUCUGUUAUUUUUGUAUCUAUAGCUAUAUAUAUUAAAAGAAUACAAAACCUAGAAUAUUAGAAAAGACAUAAAAGCAAAGGGGGCUUCAACAACACAAAACACAGUCAGUCCCUUGACUGAGGGCUAACCCUGUUCCAAGUUCCAGUGGGAAGACCCUGCAAGGACAUCCUCAGCUCAGUAGUGGUUGUCUCCUCCCUAGCAUCAUCCUCCGGCAUUUUCCUGGUUUGCAUCAGUGUAGCUGGGACCAGAGUCCUAAUCAUUGCCAGCCAUGGGCAUGGAGAGCAGCAAAUAUUGAUGGGAGAGUGUGUGUGUGUUUGUGUGUGCAUGCCAUUGUGAGGAUGCUGAUGUGUGCCAUGCCCAGGCCAACUGGCUCACCAGAGAGCUGCAGCUCUCCUUGUCUCUGCCUGGCAGGGCAGUGGGAGUGGGGAGGAUUGUGGAGAGUGAGGGCAGGGCGACCCCUCAAACCAUGACCUGCCUCAGGAUCCAGGAUUCUGUUCAGCAUCAUCCUCUCCCAGCGUGGUUGCAACAAGGCUUCCAGAGGCUGCAGCCCUCCUUGCUUUUCCAGUGGCACAACUGCACAAGUCUCCUUUCUGGCAGGGCCAGCCUGGAUCUCCUCCUGAAGCAACUCUAAGGCUUUGUGCCCUUCCCAGAUUUGCAAGUGGGUAGGAAAACCAACCACCCAAGGGGAACAAAGGAUUUUGGAUGUCAUGUCCCACCCCAGGGAUAUUCCACUCAGGUGUGUCAGAGAAGACAGACUGGGAAGGGCAGCAGGGAGAUGAUAGCAGCCUAAUGGAGACAAAUGUUUAGAGUACUGAGGAGAAGGAGCAGGGCUCCCUGUCCCGUUUUUUUCCGUCAGACCAAGAGGGCCUCUGCAGCCCUCCCAGAGGUCUCCCAGCUGGCAUAUGAAGCAUUGUGAAGAGGGCAGCACAAAAGAUAUUCUGAUUUUAUUGUGACCUGUCUGACUUUAAAGCAGCUGCUGCAUCUUACAAACCAGGGUUGUAAAAAGCGAGCACAUCACUUGGGACCAGCAGCCAGGAAAAGGAUGAUUACUGUGGGGACUUAAUUCAUUUGCUCUGUUGUGAGUGUGCAUGCUGACUGCAGGGAGGUCAGACCUGUGAGUAGGGGACAGGAGAGCCUGGGUCCUUGUCCUUGCAGAAAGAUGCAAAUACAGAUUUAUUAAAGCAAUA